AUGCAGGACGCAAGAAUGAAAGCCUCCAAAAAGAAAUGCACCGACUACCAUGAAGUCUACACCGAGAUCGCUGCAGUGACAUCAACAGCGGACAUCGAUAGUUCUUACAAGGGCUGUACAGACGUCUCCGGGGUAGAUGGCAGCACGGUACUGUCAUCAAACAGACAUCUUCUCCCCCAUUAUCCAACCCCAACCCGACGCAGACACCGCACAACGUUUAGUCAAGAACAGCUGGAGCAUUUGGAAUUGGCUUUCAGCAAGAAUCACUAUCCUGAUAUUUACUGUCGAGAGGAACUGGCGAAGAUCACCAAGCUGAAUGAAGCAAGGAUACAGGUUUGGUUUCAAAACCGGAGAGCGAAGCAUCGCAAGUACGAAAGGACAAACCAGAAAUCGGUGGCAGCAGGUGGAAUGAUUGCCUGCAGCAGCCUUAUGCCUGGAGUAUGUUCUAUGUCCCCAGCGUCUCGUCAGUAUCAGUAUUCCCAUACACUAAACCACAUUCCUCAGUUCACAUCAAUGGCCCCUACAAGUUAUCAGCCCCCGUCAUCUGUCGGGCAGUUCAUGUGUUCCAGCACACACCCCCAUUUACCAUCCGCUGCCCCCCCAUCCCGCCAGCACGACGACUGGUACAAUUCUCUAAGGUCCAUCAAUUCCCCAAGCACUGGAUUAUCAUCAUCCAUGAUAACCUUAGCACCUAUGGCCGCUUUAGAUCCGCACUCUCACUGGAGCUAA